AUGAGCACAGCAGGAAAAGUAAUAAAAUGCAAAGCGGCUGUGUUAUGGGAGCUAAACAAACCAUUUUCUAUUGAGGAGGUGGAUGUCGCACCCCCUAAGGCCCAUGAAGUCCGAAUAAAGAUGGUGGCCUCAGGAAUCUGUCGAUCGGAUGACCAUGUGGUUAGUGGAAACCUUGUCAUACCUCUUCCUGUGAUCGUUGGCCAUGAGGCAGCUGGCAUUGUGGAGAGCAUUGGAGAAGGGGUGACUACAGUAAAACCAGGUGACAAAGUCAUCCCACUCUUUACUCCCCAGUGUGGGAAAUGCAGUGUUUGUAAACACCCUGAAGGCAACCUCUGCUUGAAAAAUGAUCUGAGCACGCCUCGGGGAACCAUGCAGGAUGGUACCAGCAGGUUCACCUGCAGAGGGAAGCCCAUCCACCACUUCCUCGGCAUCAGCACCUACUCCCAGUACACAGUGGUGGACGAGAUCUCAGUGGCCAAGAUUGAUGCGGCCUCACCGCUGGAGAAAGUCUGUCUCAUCGGCUGUGGAUUUUCUACUGGUUAUGGGUCUGCAGUCAAAAUUGCCAAGGUCACCCAGGGCUCCACCUGUGCCGUGUUUGGCCUUGGCGGCGUUGGCCUGUCUGUCAUCAUGGGCUGUAAAGCAGCCGGAGCGGCCAGGAUCAUUGGGGUGGACAUCAACAAAGACAAGUUUGCGAAGGCCAAAGAGGUGGGGGCCACUGAGUGCAUCAACCCUCAGGACUACGAGAAACCCAUCCAGGAGGUGCUGAAGGAAAUGAGCAGUGGGGGUGUGGAUUUUUCAUUUGAAGUCAUUGGUCGGCUCGACACCAUGAUGGCUUCCUUGUCAUGCUGUCAUGAAGCAUAUGGUGUAAGCGUCAUUGUAGGAGUACCUCCUGAUUCCCAAAAUCUCUCUGUGAACCCUAUGUUGCUAUUGAGUGGACGUACCUGGAAAGGAGCUAUUUUUGGCGGUUUUAAGAGUAAAGAUUCUGUCCCCAAACUUGUGGCUGAUUUUAUGGCUAAAAAGUUUGCAUUGGAUCCCUUAAUAACCCAUGUUUUACCUUUUGAAAAAAUAAAUGAAGGAUUUGACCUGCUUCGCUCUGGAAAGAGUCUCCGUACCAUCCUGACAUUUUGAGACCAUACAAAUGUCUUCACUUGUAGCAGUCUUCUGGCUCCUCCAUCCCCUGGAACAUCAGCCAGACAACAUGAAUAAUUCCAUUCUUCAGAGAUGCUAUU